GUUUCUCGGCGCGGAAGACGCUAGCAGCUCCCACCCCAACUGAAGCAAGCUAACUCACCCCGGACUUCGCAAACCGAAUCGCAAAAGGAGUCCGGCUCCAUUGUUGUUUCUCGGGAUCUUUUGCCCACUCCGCCCAGAUCUCCAUGCAGUCGCGUGGUCACCUGGGCCACUGCGGAGCCCUAGGGCACGUUGUAUGUAUGUACAUGGCCAAGUCGGACUCCCCUGCUAUACGGUUUAGUCUGUACACUAAGUACUUCGCCGAGUCUUGUAUGGUGGGGGGUCAUGCCCAGCAGUCACUGUUGAACCCGUGUGGGCAUCCUCGAAGGGAUCCGUCUGCUCCGAUCAGACAGGUGGAUCACCACGAUGGGCCUCCCCAGAAGCUGCUACUAUAUGAGGCUUCCUCUCGCCGCCCCUCUGGUGGAGCUACGACUUGAGGCUGGUCAGUCAAGCAACCUCUCGACUCCUCGUGCCUUGUCAGCCCCCUCCUCUUCCCCUUUCCUGGUGUCGCGUGCCCCAGCAACCAGAUCACCCCCUAACGCGCCAUGAAGGGCUUCACCACCUUGGUCACCGCCGCCCUCCUGGGCCGGGCUGUUGCGGCCCCUCCGGAACCGCCCACGAAGAUUGUCGAGAAGAGGGCUGCCCCUACGGUCACCAUCGCUUCAGGCUCCAUCGUCGGCGUGAGCCGCCAGGCCACCGAGGCCUUCAACGGCAUCCCCUUUGCGGAACCGCCGGUUGGCCCGCUGAGAUUGAAGCCUCCCGUCAGGCUCAACUCAUCUCUGGGCGUCUUUGAUGCCACGGGGAUUGCCCCGGCUUGUCCGCAGUUCUUUGCGGACUCGGACUCGAACGAUUUCCUGUCCAGGGUCAUAGACACCGUUACCAGCUUGCCUUUCUUCCAGAAGGCCCUCAAGGUCAGCGAAGACUGCCUGACCAUCAAUGUCAUACGGCCGAAGGGUACCAAGGCUGGCGACAACUUACCCGUCCUGUUCUGGAUCUUUGGAGGAGGUUUCGAGCUAGGCUGGAGCUCGAUGUAUGACGGCGGCCCCCUGGUUUCGAACGCCAUCGACAUGGGCAAGCCAUACGUGUUCGUGGCCGUCAACUACCGUGUCGGCGGCUUCGGUUUCAUGCCGGGCAAGGAGAUCCUCGCGGAUGGCUCGGCCAACCUCGGCCACCUCGACCAGCGCAUGGGUCUCGAGUGGGUUGCCGACAACAUCGCGGCGUUUGGCGGCGACCCCAACAAGGUGACCAUCUGGGGCGAGUCGGCGGGCGCCAUCUCCGUCUUCAACCAGAUGGCUCUCUACAACGGCGACAACACGUACAAGGGCAAGCCCCUCUUCCGCGGCGCCAUCAUGAACUCAGGCAGCAUCGUCCCUGCCGACCCGGUCGACUGCCCGAAGGGUCAGGCCGUCUACGACCAAGUCGUGGCCAAGGCCGGCUGCGCCGGGGCCAGCGACACCCUGGAUUGCCUCCGCCAGGCGCCUUACGACAAGUUCCUCGCCGCCGCCAACUCGGUCCCGGCCAUCCUGUCGUACAACUCGGUUGCCCUCUCGUACCUUCCCCGUCCCGACGGCAAGGUGAUCACCAAGAGCCCGGACGUCCUGGUCAAGGAGGGUAAGUACGCGGCCGUGCCCAUGAUCAUCGGUGAUCAGGAGGACGAGGGCACGCUCUUCGCCUUGUUCCAGUCCAACGUCACAAGCACCGACAAGCUCGUGGAGUAUCUCGGCGGUCUCUUCUUCCACGGGGCCACCACCGAGCAGAUCGAGGGUCUCGUCAAUACCUAUUCCACCUCGAUCCUGGCGGGCUCGCCGUUCCGCAGCGGCAUCUUGAACGAGAUCUACCCGGGCUUCAAGCGGCUCGCCGCCAUCCUGGGCGACCUCGUCUUCACCCUGACCCGCCGCGUCUUCCUCGAGGCCGCCACGACGGUGAACCCCAACGUCCCGGCGUGGUCGUACCUGGCCAGCUACGACGAGGGCACCCCGAUCCUGGGCACGUUCCACGGCAGCGACCUCCUGCAGGUCUUCUACGGCAUCCUGCCCAACUACGCGAGCAAGAGCAUCCAGAGCUACUACGCCAACUUUGUCUACAACCUGGACCCCAACGACGCGAGCGGCGGCACCAGCGCCAAGAGCAAGGUCGCCGAGAGCUGGCCGCGCUGGACCGGCACGGAGCGCAAGCUCAUCAACUUCUUCUCCAACCGGAGCGGCUAUCUGAAUGAUGACUUCCGGUCCGAGUCGGCCAACUACAUUAGCUCGAACGUGGGAGCUCUUUACAUUUGAGUGCAUGUUUUGGUUGUUUUCUUUUUUUUUUUUUCUAUUCCCUUUCCAAAUGAAUGAACGUAACUAUGGGCGAUCUUGAAGGGUUUUAAUGCUCUCCCUAGCAUUAGGAACGGCUGGCAUGUAUGCAAUGGGCUUGGGGUCAAUGAUACUAUUUCUUAUCUAGGUACAUAUCAGUUGGUUACGAAUGUCUUGGAUAUGAUCUUGGUUGGCAACUUGCACACACCAUACGGUGCCUAUUGUGGCAGUUAGGGAGUUAUCCGUUUACGCCCGUGCGUCCGGAGAGAGAGAGAGAGAGAGAGAGAGUUGCAUGUGACAAAGCCAACGAUGACUGCUUCCGGUCCUUUUUUGCCCAAAUGAGUCAGCAAUCAAGAGCUGAUGAUUGUUUUGCUUUUGAACCGCAUAUUACCCAAUGAUGAUAACCCGA